GUGCCCGAGUACUUCCGGUGGCCCGGCUACGUGUCGCCGUCCCAGGAGAUCAAGUUCGCCGACCUCCCGAACGGAUUCGCGGCGCUCAAAGCGAUGCCGGCCGACGGCUGGGCGCAGAUCGGCGUGUUCAUCGCCUUCCUCGAGCUCUUCCCUCUGCGGCAGGAGAAGGACCGCGCCCCGGGCGACUUCCCCACCUGCGGCCGCCUCGGCGUCCCCUGGUUCUUCGUCCGGGGAGCGGGGUCCGACACGAGCGGCGUCAACAACAGCGACCCGGUCGCCAACAGGAGGGGCCUGGACUCCGAGAUCAACAACGGCCGCCUGGCGAUGGUCGCGAUCACCGGCAUGGCCUUCCAGAACGGCGUCACCGGCACCACCGGGCCCGAGAUGUGGUUCCCGUAGAUCAUCAUCGUCGGAACCAUCCCCGCCCCCACCAGGACAGGGUAAGCUUGGUACGUUGGCUCCCCCAGCGUGCCCCCUCUGGGCGGGGACGGGCGCUCCGAGGCCCGGCGGAGACGGUGCCCAGCUCCCCAC